AUCCAACUACAAAACGCCAAGUGGCUAUUUAUCUAUUAUCUUCUGGUUCACUAUGCGACGCCGUUCUCUUCUUGUAGAGUCCACUACUUAGAUGAAAGCGACGUCGGAUGGGCAGCCUCUUCUUCGUCUUCAACACAGGUGAAAGGAAGCCUGAGUUGACUCUGCAUCUUCAAGCUCUGCAUCUAUGGCUGCCAACAGCAUCACUCCUUCACA